AUGGCGAACAGCGCGAACACGAAAGUCGUGUCCUCGCAGAUAGAAAUCAACGCUUCUCCCACACAUGUUCGCAGCGUCUUUUUCGACUUCGCCGCAUGGCCUACAUGGUCCAAAGGCCCUGGAAUAACAGGCAUCUCUGCCGUAGUACCCAGAAGCAACGAUAUGGAAAUUGAAGCAGGCGAGAAGAUUAAAAUCAAUCUCUCAGGCACAACCUUUAAACCCACCGUUCUCGAGAAUACGCCAGAGCAGUUCAGCUGGCGUGGCGGUAUCACGGGUCUGUUCCAUGGCGAUCACUUUUUCAAGUUUUUGCCAAGUAAGGAGAAUCCAGGCGGGACGACGUUGGUGAAUGAAGAGGUGUAUUUUGGACCCUUGGUGUGGGUGAUUCAAAAGGUGUCGUCCACCUUGGACAAUCACACCGGGGAAAACUACAUGAUUCUCAACAAGGAUUUCAAGGCGAGGGUCGAGAGUCUGAAGGAGUCUUGA